CACAGACACACACAGACACACACAGACACACACACACACACACACAGAUACACACACACACACACAAUGUUGCAGCGGCUGUCGUUUGUGCGGCGGCUGCGCCAGGAGCUGUUCACGGACAGCCGAGUUGUACAGGAGCGCCUGAGGCAGCUGGGUGGAAGCGGGACUGUGAGAACGACGCUGGAGGAAAUCAGGCGCGAGGGGAACGAGGAUCAGAACAAGACUAAGAGCAAGGACAUGAGCAACAGCAAUAGCAAGAGCGCUCGUACAUCUACUGCUGCUGCAACGGAGUCAUCGACACCACCCAACACAGUGCUGCGCAUCACGCUGGACAACCCCCUUCGGGCAAAUGCGCUGUGUGGCAAGAUGCUGGCCGAGCUGGGGGAUGCCGUCCAGACGGCUGUUGGUCUUGAGCUCCAAGAUCCUGCAUCCGCAACUGCGGCAAAGCCAAAGCUGGCGUGUGUCGUGAUUCAGGGCGCUGGGCGCCACUUCUGCGCGGGCUCAGACUUGAAUCUUCUCGCCAAUGCAACCGCAGACACAGCCAAGGACAUGCUCAACUUCAUGCACACGGUGACCACAUGUUUCAAGACCCUCAGCGUGCCCACAAUCGCGCUCCUUCAAGGCGAUGCUAUCGGCGGUGGCUCUGAGCUCGUCACCAUGACAGACUAUCAAGUGGCAGACGAAGCUGCAGCGAGGAUACGCUUCGUGCAUGCGAGACGAGGUUUAACGCCCGGCUGGGGUGGUGCCGCUCGCCUGAUUCACAUGGUUGGGGCCCACCGCGCAUCCCAGGCACUCAUGUCUGCGCGUAUGUUCACUGCCAAGGAUGCGCACAACUAUGGGCUGUUCAGCCACCUGGCACCUGCUGGCGAAGCGCCACGUGUGUGCGAUGACCUCGUUCAAACCCUCACCUCCAACGACCCCGCUGCGAUAGCCUCUGCAAAGCUGCUGUCUCUCAGGGGCUUCAUCGAGAGCCUGGAAGCGAGUCAAGACACAGAGAAGGAGAUGUUUGAGUCGGCAUUCGCCCGCUUGCAAUGGUGAACUGCUAGCCUAGGCGUCGCGUGUCGCUUGACGCACACCCCUUUCCAAUGUUGAAUCAGAGGUGAUGGACGUGCACCCUCUGUCCUUGACUGCUCUUGUGUGUGUGUGUGUGUGUGUGUGUG